CAACUCUAUCUCUAAACCUUAGUUUCUGGGUGACUUUGGACAGUGACUCUGCUCAUAGUCUCAGUUGCUAGCUGAGAAACAGGGGGGCAAGUGUCAAUGUGAACUUGUUGAUUUUCUGUGUGGUUUGAGGAGAACAACAACAGAAGAAGGGUUUCCCAAGCUUGUGUGACACAGUCUGGGUGGGUCCCAGGUGCCCAGGCCAGGGAGAAACACCAGGAGUCACUGCAGUUCCCUCCCUGGCCUGGGAGCUGGCCAGGUGUGGGUCUCCCCAGCUGAUGGGAGCAGCGUGCCAGGCUGGGCUCUCUGACCUUUGAUUCUUCCGAUUCUGUCCCUUGCAGGCCUCGAGCUGCUCAGAGCCCCAGUCGGAGCAGCCAUGAUGCACUGGAUGUCCCUCAAGACAUCCAGGUCACAUAAACCUGCCCCCUGUGGUCCAGUGGCCUGCCACCAGCAUCUAAGUACCUGGGCCCUGGUCUCCUUUGCCUGGAGGGCCCAGGAAUCUGGUGCUGAGCCAUCUUCUCGGUACAGUACCCGGGGUCCCCACCACCCCCGGCUCCCUGUCUCUUGGCCCAGGCAGAAGCAGCAUCCACCAUCACAGCCCCAGGCCUCAGUUCCUCAGACCUAUGGAGCCGCCCCCCAUGGAACCGGCCCGGGGACAAGCCAGGCACCCCCCAUCCCCGGGAUAACCUCGGCCGGCAAGGCCAACCCCUACAGCAUCGUGUCAUUGGAGGACGGGCUGCACCUGGUCACCAUGUCAGGGGCCAACGGCUUCGGCAACAGCAAGGUGCACACGUGGCACCGGUGCUGGAACCGCUUUGUCAAGAAGAACGGCCAGUGCUACAUCGAGUUCGCCAACAUGGAUGAGAAGUCGCAGCCCUACUUGGCCAACAUGUUCACCAUCUGCGUGGACAUCUGCUGGAGCUACAUGCUGCUCAUCUUCUCACUGGCCUUCCUCGCCUCCUGGCUCCUGUUCGGUGACAUCUUUUGGGUCAUCGCCAUGGCACAUGGCAACCUGGAGCUGGCCAAGGACCAUGGCUGCACGUCCUGCGUGAUGCAGGUGCACGGCUUCAUGGCUGCCUUCCUCUUCUCCAUCAAGGCGCAGACCACCAUCAGCUACAGGCUGUGCUAUGUGAUGGAGGACUGCCUGAUGGCUGUGUUCAUGGUGGUGGCGCAGUCCAUCGUGGGCUGCAUCAUCGACUCCUUCAUGAUCGGCGCCAUCAUGGUCAAGAUGGCUCGGCCCAAGAAGCAGGCGCAGACGCUGCUGUUCAGCCACAAUGAGGUGGUGGCCCUGCGCGAUGGCAAGCUCUGCCUCAUGUGGCACGUAGGCAACCUGAGCAAGAGCCACAUCGUGGAGGCACACGCGCAGGCCCAGCUCAUCAAGCCGCGGGUCACCAAGGAAGGCGAGUACAUCCCGCUGUACCAGAUCGACAUUGACCUCGGCUUCGACAAGGGCCUCGACCGCAUCUUCCUUGUGUCCCCCAUCACCAUCCUGCAUAAGAUUGACGAGGCCAGCCUGUUGUUUGGCAUCAGCCGGCAGGACUUGGAGAUGGAUGACUUCGAGAUUGUGGUCAUCCUGGAGGGCAUGGUGGAGGCCACAGCCAUGACCACGCAGGCCCCCAGCUCCUAUCUGGCCAAUGAGAUCCUGUGGGGCCACCGCUUCAAGCCUGUCCUCUUUGAUGAGAAGAACCAGUAUAGGAUCGACUACUCCCACUUCCAUAAGACCUACGAGGUGCCCUCCACACCCCGCUGCAGCACCAAGGACCUGGGGGAGAACAAAUUCCUGCUGCCCAGUGCCAACUCCUUCUGUUCCGAGAACGAGCUGGCUUUCCUGAGCCGCAAUGAGGAGGACAAGGCAGAUGGAGACCAGGAUGGGUGCAGCCCCCAGGCCCGGCAUGACUUUGACAAACCUCAGGCUGGUGGUGGCAGCCUCAAGCAGUGGCCUUACAGACAGGAGUCAGAGAUCUGAGCCACCAUGGGCCAAUUGCAGCAUCCACCCCACCAGGGAAAGGCCCGGUGUCCCUUGAGGGCCCUGGGUUUGAGCAGAACGGGCCAGGUGCCCUGGUUGCAGACUCAGUAGCACUUUAGAUGCUUUAUGUUUCUUCACAGUGGCCUGGGAAGGUUGGCGGGAGAAGGCAGGACAAAAGCGGGCCGCCGCUGGCCUCAGAGACUGGAGCAGGUGCAGGGAGGUAACCUCUUGGGGUCCGGGCCAGGAGCCAGGGGCUUCUGUCUGAGGCUAGAACUUCUGCCUGCUCAGAGGUGGCUCAGUGGCCAUCCGGCCUCUGUGGGUGAAGGCUGGCAGGCUGCAGGGCACCUUGCUAGUUUUUAACUUGGGGAGAAACACUGGUUUUGGCUUUCUCAACCAUAGCUUGAGUAAAACUGUUUACAAAAAAAAAAUAAAAAAUUAACACAUGAUUGACCAAAAAAAAAAAAAUUAAUUUCUGGGGAUUACAAAAAUGGUCAGUGAGAAUUCCACUGGUCUGCCGAGAUGCGGGUUUUAGAUGGGGGCUCCACGAGGUUCCCUGAGGCUGGACAGGCCUCUCCUCCAUGAAGGCCGAGUGUGUGCCCGGAGGCGCCGUCCACACAAGCACAAGAGAGGGGCUCAUCUGUGGUUCCUUCUGCUCACGGGCAGAUUAGAUGAUGUUUGUCAUGGAAAAACCAAGACCAUGUUAAUGAUCAUAAUAAAAGCUUUCCAGAGUCACAGAGGUAGGGGUAGGGGCUAGGAAAAAACUAGUUUGAGCUUUUUGGAGUUUAACUUUUGUACCUUAGAGGUGCGUCUCAGGGCUGGAUAUGGGACCUGCCUGCCAUGGAGGGCCCGCUCUCCUACUCCCACCAGAUUUUCCUGUUUUAUUUCUCUCCUUUUCUGCCCGAUAGCCUCCACCCUUUCCGCAGUGAGGGGCGCUUGGAAAAUGUUGGAGUAGAUGGCUCCGUGGGAAGGGAGGGCAGGUUCCCAGAUGCCCAGGAAGCAGAUUGACCCUAUUCCCACAGGACCCCAGUGUAAGUCGUGCCUUAGAGAUCCCAAGGGCCAGCCCCGGUUGUUUCUGUUUUACUUGGACCCACCUGUCCUCCCAGCUGCCCCCGAUUCCACCACGAAGCCCACACCAGCCUGUGUGUCUUGGCCUGCUGUCUGUACCUGGGGCAGCCUAGGUGAGUGCAGGGGCGUCCCAGCCAGGCUGUCCCCGCUGAAGGGAGGAGGAAUGAUCUUAGAAGAGGUGUGCAGUUGUCAGCCAAGAUGACUGGAAGUGGCGCUUGCAUCCUGGCAGCCUCAUCAGGAAGAAGUUUGCAGCUAUUGGCUCUGCUGGCCUAGAAUCAGGCCUCUGGGCCACGGGCUGCCCAGCGUGGGCUUGUUCUUGGUAGAGGACACAGCUGGCGGGGAUGGAGCAGGCCAGGCCCUUCCCAGGACAGCUAAGAAUUUUGUCCUCUCGAAUGACCAGGCCUGUAAGGAAGUCCUUAAUUAGAAAGCCCAUAUGUGUCUCCCCAGCCUGCCAACCUCGGCCUCCCCAACCCAUGCCCUCCAAGACAGCUAGGCACCUA